AGAGAGGGGUGUGGUCCCUAUACUCGUGACUGUGCGGCAUGCAGCACAAAGAUUGACGCCUCGGACCUUCAAAAGGCUGACGUUAGAGCUUCACACCGGCACUCUCUGAACCACAUUGGUGAGAGAAGCCGUCCGUCGCGACUUCCAUCUGCCAGAAUCACCCUCCCUGCUCCCGCGCCCUCAUAGUCGCUUUUCAUCUUGCUUCCUCAAGCAGCACUACUCUCUCUCGACUUUAGUCACAAUGCACGCCCACAUCGCAACCCUUCUUCUCGCAGCCGCUGCGGCUGCCCCGGCUCGAGCUUUGCUAUACGAUCCUUCGACGCUCGUAGGCUCUAUCUCCAACAUUCCCUUCUUUAACAGCACGACGAGCACGCCGCAAGCAGCUCAGCCGCUGAUUGCCGGAGUGUCCAAUGGAUGUCUGACGGGUCUUGCAGGACUGAUCUCCAGAGACCCUGCUGGAUGCUUGGAUAUCGGAAACGCGUUGAGAAUCUUUGGUGGCGUUGUUGCGGAUCAAAGCCAGAGCAUCGUACCUGCCAUCGAUGAGUACCUCAAGCAGAGCGUCUGUGCGAAGGACGCUUGCGUCGGCAACUAUCUCAGCAGCGCCAACGAGACUCUGCACACCGCGUGUGCUGAUAGUCUGGGCAGCAACAAUGGCGUCAAUUUGCCAAAUGGCAUUCGUUACGUCAUCGAAAAUUACACUACCUUGCGGACAGCUGCCUGCUUCCAAGCCUCGUCCGGCGAUCUUUGCAUCACUGACGAUCUCAACAACAUCCAAACCGUCACAUCUCAGCAACUUUCGUUGUCCUAUCUCAUGUCCCUUUUGAGCAAUGCUACAGCUCAGCAAGACGCCAUCAGACAGCUGCAAUCUAACCCAUCUCAAUUCUGCACGGAUUGCAACCACGCUCUCUUCACCCAGCUCUCGUCAGCCUCGGACGUGCAAGGUAUCAACAAUUCUGAUCUCGUCUCUACAAUGAUCAAGAACUCCAUCAAUGCCACCUGCGGCGCUCCUUUCUUCGACGGCAAAUUUCCAUCAAACAUCCGCAAUGGCACGACGGAGGCUAUUCAGGCCAACAAUGGCACAAUCAGCUCAAGCCUCACGGUUGCGCCGGGUAGCGGCAACAGCUCCAACUCGGGAUCUGGCUCUAGCUCUGGAUCUGGAUCUGGCUCAGGCUCAGGCUCAACGUCCGGUUCUGGCUCAGGCUCUGGCACAGGCUCGAGCGGAUCAAGCUCCGGAAGCGGCGACGGCGCUGCAUCCCUGAGCGGCCUGAGCGCCGCGCUUCUCAUCACGAUUCUUUCGGUUGGUGUCUCCCUCAUUGUCUAGAACAUUGUUCCUGCCUGCGCAGCAUCAAGUCUCCAUGUAUCUCAACGAUCCUGCCUUUUAAGGGCCAAAAGACGCCGCUGUGUGUGUUCCUUCGAGUACACGACGUGAAUGCGAAUGGUGAAUUGUAUAUAGAACGUAAAUAUUAAUGCUAUUUUGAAUGA